AUGAUGCACCCAUCGCGGCAGGCGUAUGUCGAGGACGCCGAACCUCAAGGCAUCGCACUUGAAGAUAUUCCCGAUGACCACGACUAUGACAUCAGCAUGGGAGGAACUGGUGUUCCAUCCGAGAAGGCUUCCGCAGUCCUCAACCAGUUGAAUCGCAAACGCUUGGCCGCAACGAUAGCGGUUCCUACCGAUGAUACACGAGUGCGCGCAAAGCUCCGAGAGAUGGGCGAACCAGUCACGCUCUUUGGAGAGGCCCUUGUUGACCGACGAGAUCGUUUACGCGAGCUUCUCACAAUUCAGGCCGAGCUCAACGGAUUGGAAAAUGGCGAUAUCACCAUGGACGACGCCGAGGACGAUCAAGAAGAAGACCAGGAGCAGGAGUUCUACACAGCAGGCGGACCUCAACUUCUGGAAGCCAGGUUAAAUAUGGUAGAGUACUCUUUACCACGGGCAAAGAAGAGGACGCAAUUUCAAAAGGCCGAGUCAACAAUCCCUUUGCGCACCCAAGUAAAGUUUCGCAAACAGGUCAAGGAGAGAUUACAAGCAUUCGAGCUUCAGGGCAGUCAGACUGUUGGUGAGCGCCAUGUCAGCAUGACCCGCAUAUCGCCCAACGGCGAGAUGGUUGCUGUGGGAAACUGGGGUGGUCAGGUCAAGCUGGUCGAAAUACCAAGCUUGAACCAAAAGAUGAAUUUCCGCGGUCACACCAACAAGAUCAGCGGUCUAUCCUGGUUCCCCGGUGCCACUCUUCCAGAACAAAAUGUAUCGCCUGAUACCGUUAACCUGGCAUCGGGCGGUGCUGAGGGAGCUAUCCACCUAUGGUCUCUGAACCAAGAUACUCCGCUGUCUAGUCUCGAAGGACACUCGCAGCGAGUGUGCCGUGUCGAAUUCCAUCCUUCCGGUCGUUAUCUGGCUUCUGCAUCCGACGAUACUUCGUGGCGCCUCUGGGACGUUGAAACAACUGCAGAGGUUCUCCUACAAGAAGGUCACUCAAGAGGUGUCUAUGCUGUCAGCUUUAAUACUGACGGUUCGCUACUUGCCAGCGCCGGUCUCGACAGUAUUGGCAGAAUCUGGGAUUUGAGAUCUGGGCGCACGAUUAUGAUUCUGGACGGACAUCUUGACGGUCACAUCAAGCCUAUUCAUGCACUGGAUUGGAGCUCUGACGGCCACCGAGUGCUAUCCGGAUCGGCUGACGGUUGGAUCAAGUGCUGGGAUAUUCGAAAGGUUCAAAGGACGGGUGGUAUUGGUGCGCAUACCAGUGCUGUUUCUGAUAUGCGGUGGUACAAGGGCCUCGAUGAUCCUCUUACUGGUAUUCCACCUGGUGUUGAUGAGAAGGGUGCGCAACUACCUAAGAAGUCUGGCAGCUUCUUUAUUUCGAGUGGCUUUGACAAAAAUGUCAAGGUCUUCUCAGCCGACGACUGGACACUGGUACAGACACUCAGUGGCCACACGGGUCCGGUUGCCAGUGUGGACUAUAGCAGAGACGGCAAGUGGAUUGUCAGUGGUGGCCACGAUCGCACAGUCAAGCUCUGGGGACGAAAUGAUGGCGAGGGAAUCUAG